AUGUCUGGACGCAGCGCCUACGUGCGCAAAAAGAUUACCGAGACGAAGACGGGGGAGCAACAAGGUCAUGGUAGAGCCCGGGCAAAAUCAACCACCAGCUCCGACAAUGUCACCAUUAGCGAUUACCCGAUAGGGUCCAUGCCAGCGCUCCGCCAGGAGAGGGAUCUUGUGACAGGGGUCGGAACAACAAACGCGCGAUUCUUGAAGUUCUCUGAGCAUGCUCGCGAAGAUGAGAUGAUGGUAUAUCGAGGAGACGUUCCCUCCUAUGUCCCUCAGAGCAGUGGAAGUCAGAGUGGAUCGAGUGUGGAUGGACGACGAGACGGCGCAAGCACUUCCCAGCGGAAUAGGCCGCUCAACGAUUUUGCCUAUGCUCGUGCGCGGCGGCCGGUCAUCAAGACGGAAGAUGUGUCAGGGAUAGAAAAGUCCGGGCUGCGAAGCAUGCUGGACAAGAGGACAACGCUGGGAAGGCUGGCGACUUUAGACCAGAGUCUUCGGCCACUGUGCGACCCUCUCCCAUUUCAGCUGACUUCAACGACGGCUAUGAUGCCGACGUUUCACCCAUCCAGUAUCAACCAUCGCCAUCUGGACCACAUCCCGGGGUUCCUUGGGACGACACAGGAAUGCUGUCGCCUCCACUCCGGGAAGCUACCACCCACACCGGGCUCCUCAGGAGCGCCUCCUAUCAAGCGGUGGAUAGGAGCUGGAAGACCAGUUCAGCGCUGGAAUAAGCUGCGGAAGGAUCCAGAGCUGUGGGACCCCAACGGAGAUGUGCUGGUGUUCUUUGGGACCAAGGGUCAAUCUCCGCGGCCAAACCCGUCUUUUCGCUUGUCUUCGCACAUCAUUGAGGCGACCGAGUCUCGAUUCCUCAUUACACUUUUACGAGAGGGCUCGACAGAAGAGGAUAUCCACUUGCCACCAUCGCCUGCCGGCGCACCACCGAUGCUGCAACGGCAUAACACACACGGGCAACAUCUUGCUGCAGGGGGUAUCGGUCGUGGCGGGCACCCGACACCACCAGUUUCGGAAGACAACAGCUGGGAGGCUGACGGGCAGAUCUCGUACGAAAUGUACUUCCCAACCCCCGUCAGCAUGAGCAAACUUGACCAGUUUCGACAUCACAUUACUACCCGCAAUGUGUUUGCAAUGCUC